CGCCGUGGGUUGAACUCGGCUUGUGCAAUUCCGGGGAGAUAACGUGAUCUUACUUCCUUACUUCUUCUAGUUUCGUUUCUGACGGUUUAGCAGAGGACACAAGAGGUUCGACUACUGCAUCGACAUUUUUUUUUCUCUCUGCUCUGUGAAAUAAAACUAGGAGUUGCGGGACACACAGUAGCACUUUACUGAAGAAACUCAAGUGUAAAAAUGAGACACGGAUCUGCGCGCUUGAUAGUGGCUGUCUUGGUGCUGGUAACAGCUCUCACUUUAGCCGAGGAAGAUGCUGGAUUCCGCAAUGCGCCUGCCAGCAUGCUACCUCCUGUUCCAUUUCCAGAUUCCACCACCUCCUCUACAGCGACGACAACUACUGCCCAAACUCCACAAAAUACUACAAUCGCCAACACAACAACUGUUGCCACAACUACCCACCAUACUACAACCACCAACGUAACUACUACUGCUCCAUCUCCUCAAAAUUCUACAACCGCCAAUAUGACAACUGUCGCUCCAACAACCCACAAUACUACGACUGCAAACGCAACCACCCCUAAUACUACUACAAAACCCACCCCAAAACCUGAACCAACGGGAACAACCAAUGUCACAGUGGGCAACUACACUGUGAAGGUUGGAAACAAGCUGUGCGUUAUGGUCCAGGCAUCAAUAAAGGUUCACGUCAACAACAGUAAACAACAUAUGGAAGGUGAAUAUAUUGUUCCAGGAGAUGUUCCCAGUACUGGCAAGUGUGAAGGCAAUACUGCCAGUCUCAGAAUUACUUUAAAAGAAGGAUACAUCUCUAUGGACUUCACCAAGAAUGACACCUCAGAUGCAGUCUUUGUCAGUGCUGUGGCUGUUAACCUGACCUAUGCCUUCAAGCCAGGAGUAUGGUCACAAUUGGAUAGGAAGAGCAACAAGGUGCAACUGUUCAGCAUGAAAAUAGGUCACUCCUAUUCCUGCAAGUCAGAGUUAGUCUUACUGGGUAAUGACACCUCUCUGGAGUUCAAUCACGAGAGAAUGCAGGCCUUCAACUUAACCAACAACCAGUUUGGUCCCCUCGACCUGUGCAAAGCUGACCAGCCGGACUACCGAGUAGCUAUUGGUGUAGGUGUGGUGCUGCUCAUCCUCAUCAUCAUCGUAGUCGUGGCUUAUCUCAUCAGUAGAAGAAAGAGAACAGAUGGUUACCAGACUCUCUGAUCCAUAAAAAGGCAUCCUAAUAUCACUAAUAUCAUCAUGUGCAAGAUAAAUCUAGCUUGAUACACAGGUGAUUUUAUGAAGCACACCUUUCAUUUGGGGUUGUAUUGUCGAGGUUUGCUCCAUAAAAAAGUCAUGACAGAAUUUCUCAGAUUAGAAAUAUAUAUUAUAAAUCCAAUUUAAAAAAUACAACAAAGAUUCGUUUCGUUUUCCACUCUGCGAUCACAGCAUUAUUUUGUCAGUCGUGGAAUGUGAGUGCAAACUGUCUGUGCUUUCUUCGCUGUGCUCAAGUGUCUUAAAUCAGAUCAAUGUCGAGCUGUUUGGUCAAAAUGCCACUCUAUUAAAAUAUUUUAGACUUUAAUCCCCAAAAUUUACAACAGUGUUUUAGAUUAAAUCUUUCCCCUUGCCCUAAUUAAAUUCAUUCUAGUUUAAUGGCUCACUCUAUGAGGUUUGGACAUUCAAGUAACCUCAUUAACUAGAAGAAUUUUCAAUGAGUAGUCUAAUUUAUUUAGAAAAACUCCAAGUUUUACUUUCCGCCAUUUUUAAAUGACUUCUCUCUUCUGACAGGUCUCUGAACCAUUUUAACUGAAUUUAAGGAUAUAAGGGAAGAUUUUUGUUUGUUUGUAUAUUGCAAAAAAUGUUUGCUGUUUUGAUCAAGAGCAUUUUGAGAAUAAUGAUUAGGCAUUUAUGAUAUAAUAAAAUUAAUUUAAAAAAUUAGGUUGGACAGAGAGGUUUUGAAAAUAUUGGCGCAAAACUGACAGGACCUUAUUUUUUAAAAUAUUAAAUAUAGAUAGACAAUGAUUUCUAGUUCUUUUUAUUACAUUCAAAAUUAGCUUGAGAUAUUGUGCUAGUAUGAAUUGUAUGAAUGAUUGUCCUGUUGAAAUUUUCCUCAGUGUUUGCAUCUGUGUUUUAUGUAAGGCUACAGCUUAAUAUGUAUAAAAGAGAAUAUUUCCUAAA